AUGAGCGCGUUCUCGUCUUUCUGCGUCCCCGAAGUGGAGGGCUGUGGACCUGUACGACGGGGUCGUGGUGACAUGAAGCUUCUCCCCGUGAUAGAACAGGUUGGCAUUCUUGACCUUAGCGAGCAUCUGCCGACUCGGGGCCGGUGCGCCAGUGCUAACGUCCAGCCACCGUGUUUGCAGCACAUUGUUGGGAGUGGCCUUUCUACGGACGUCUGCUGCAUCGAUGCGGCGAGCACUUUGGCGCUUAUCGAUGCGAAUACGCUCCAGUGUACAUGCACCGUAGCGGGGGCGCACACUGCGCCUGUCACGAGCUGCUCUUUCCUACACCACAACAGCUACGUGCUGGUUACGUGUGCUCAAGAUGGAGCGGUCAAGCUGUGGGAUUUUCGGGAGAAGCUUGGUGGCAAGGCAGAUCCGUUCACGGCGACGGCCACCGUGCAGAUUGCACCUGCUGGCAGCAGAGAAGCGGACAUGUGGGCUCUGGCAGUUCGAGGGGAUGAUCAGGUGAUUGCUGCCUCCUUCAAGAGCUUUGUCAAGGGAUACGACCUCCGCGCUGUCUGUACAGACGCCGCGAGAGGGGCUACGGAUGCGUCUGCACGAGGGCGUCCUCGCAGCAAGAAGGGGGGAAGGCGCCUGUUGUGGGACCUUCAGGUGCACGGGGACUAUGUCAUGGCCCUGCAAUUCCAUCCUUUGUACCCCAAUCUGCUUGUAUCAGGUGGGGAGGAUUCGCUGGUUUGCGUGUCGGAUGCAGCCUCCUCCCUCAGCAGCAGUGAGGACACCGCCUUGGUGGCGUGUUUCUCCCAGGAAAGGGCGGUCAAGGGUUUGAGUAUUUUAGGCCCUGCUGCCUCGUGCAUCUGCAUCCGCAGCGCUAUGGAAGACGUGGGCCUGUGGCAGGUAAACGGCCUCGACACGUACUGCAGCAGUGGCGCCGUUGAUGGAGUGUCUGUACAGCGCAGAGCGGAGUGGCUCUCUGUUCGCAGCCACCCGCAAAUUCGGGAAGGCGACAGCAGCGGAUACGUAGUGGACGUGUUCUAUGACCAAAUAUUGGGGCGCCUCUUCAUCCUUGCAGGCUCGGUGUCUGGACAGUUGGUUCUGCUGCAUGCAAACCUGGACGGCAUCGAGCAGGCAGCGACGUUCAAGCAGAAGGGCCUCUCACAGGGCCGCCAGAGCGCCCCUGCGGGCAGCGGGGCCCUGCAGGCUGGCGGUCACACAGGCGUAGUUCGGGGCGCAAUCAAUGUGAUGGGGGCUGCAGGAAGCGGCCUAGGGCUCCUCACUUGCGGUGAAGAUGGACGUGUGUGCGCGUGGCGCCAGUAUUCACGGCUGCGUGCCACUGCAAAUAUUGCGCAUUUGGCAGCCUCCUUCUUUCUGCUUCUGCGUCAUGCUGCUCUGCGCAGCGUGGCACAACGAUGGACGGUGACCCCGCCGCCAGUAAAGUGGCCAGCCGGCAGACCGCAGGAGCAAGUCCCUACUGAGCAUCCUUUUAACUGCACAGUUGGGGCAGCCUGCGACCUUCUGCCUUUUCUAACGAAAACGCCAUCUUUUGCAAAUUUUCUUGAGGCCCCUCUUUGA